GCCCGCCCAUGAUUUGCACCCUGAUGUCACCUGAUGGCAGGGUAUAUCUGGAGGAGAAAGAACACCUCGAGACCCUUUCUACACAGGCUGGAGGACUGGAGUUGAAUGAUUUGCAAGAGGAGCCCUUAGCACUCUGGCAGUACAGCCAUCAGCUCUUACCCAGGAGCUGCAUCCCAGUGUCAGCGGCAGCAGAAGAGCUCUGGCAGCCCAGGAAGCCCUGGGGGGAGGCAGCAUAGCACUUACAGAGAUCUAGAGAAGGAGACUCAGUCUCAUCAAACGUUUUUCAAGCCAUUUGUUUGGUGUGGUACCAAGGACCAUCCAAAUAACCAGGCAGAAGGAUCUGAGAGAAGCGUGUGUCUGCCACAUACAGUAGCUGAGUGAUGAGUGAGAAGCCAGGCACCAACCUCAGCACUGGAGAUGGUCCAACUGGUCCCACCACACCACGCAAGGGGCCUCCCAAGUUCAAGCAGAGACAGACAAGGCAGUUCAAGAGCAAGCCACCUAAAAAAGGAGUAAAAGGGUUUGGAGAUGACAUCCCAGGCAUGGAGGGACUGGGCACAGAUAUCACAGUGAUUUGCCCAUGGGAAGCUUUCAGCCAUCUGGAACUUCAUGAGCUGGCCCAAUUUGGAAUCAUCUAAGGCAUCAGCAUCUCUACUGGUGUCACCUGAUGACUGCACAGAUCCCAGCAUGGUCUUCAUCACCUUUGACAAUUAUUUUUGGCCCUUACAUCCCUCUGCUCAUGGGUAGGGUGGGUUUGUAAGAGCUAGUUAUGAGAAUGUCCUUUGCAGAUUAAUUUGGCAAAGAAGUUAUUUGAGACCCUAAACAGACCUCAUGCUCCAUGUGAUGAAACUACUGAAAAAUGUCUUAAUGCCUCCCUACACCAUAUUCUGUCUUCUCCCACUGCUAUAGAUCUUAGUGUUUAUUGAGAUACAGGGAGGCUGUAUUUGAACUUUUCCCCUGGUUAACUUCUCCCCGGUAGCUGAGAUACUGUGUGCAUGGGUCUGUAUGUAUGUCCAGACCUAAUUAUACCAAGCCAUUCUGGUUUCUUCCUUCCUUCCCUGACAGCUUUCUAUAUAGGAUUUCCAUGAAUAUGUCCCCAUGUUAUUUGGGUCACCAAUUAUUUGCUGAGAGUAUAUCUGUAGAGAACAGCAUUAGAGUCACCAGUCCAGGCAUUAGGCCAUUUCCAUAGGAGACCCUUCCCCAGGAGUUCACCAUAAGAAACCUGCUGCUAAGAUUUAUGUCAUCAGCAAAUAGGGAAAAGGGCUUGCAAAUGUCUCUGCUGUACUGCCCACAAGCUAUAAGCCAUGAGACUCUGGCUUUCAUAAUAAUGUUAAAUGAAAAUGUGUGUGUCUGAGAUCAAUAGCUAAGUGAAAUAAUCCUACUGUUCAUUUUUUUGUGGUUGUAAUUCCAAAGAAUCAGCACUCCAAAUGACAAUGUGUUUCCUCUACUUUGAUGCGAUGCCCCUGUGUGACACCUGUGCUGUUCCCAUACCCACACAUACUUACACGAAGCAUUUGCUCCCCAGGACAUAUUUGCUGCCACUUAAGAAAACAGAGAAUCAUUAGGAUCUGUCACCAAACAGUACCAGUAGUUCUGCCUCAUCUAGCAGAAGAUGGUAUUGCAUUAGUUUCUCCCUCUUCCCUGUAUUUAGCAUGGGGAAAGUCUCCAUUCACACACACCCACAUCAGCAGGAAGGCUUUUGUCUCUUCACCCCCUGGCAACUUCAAGCUCUGGAGCUUCUCUGGACAAGCAGGCAAAUAGUGGUUCCCAAGAGAGAGAUAACUGCAGAGCAGUCAUGGAGGCAGGGGGAGGUUAGGAUGUGUGUAUGCAGGCAAGCACAGAGCGAAUCCACUUAACUCUAUCGAUUUGUGUCUCCUGGUCUCUGGCAGCCUGAGUGCUAGUGAGUGGUGAGGCACUCAUAACUACUUAAAUGCACAGGGAAGGCACAAAGAUUCCCUGCUGCCCUGACAUUAAGGAAACGCUUUUGUUUUGUUGGGAGGUAAGGAGCAAGCUGUUAUAACAAGGCUUUGUUGUAGCUAUAUAAUAUUCAUAAGACAAGGUGGCAUUUUUAAUCAUUGCCUUCAGCUUGACAAGCCACAUUACAUAAGAACUGCCUCCCCCCAGAUUAUAUUUUCUAUGUUGAAUGUGUUCAUGGGAGAAAGAAGUGAUCAUGGAGAGGAGAGCAAAUCCUACCUAAAAGUUCAAUCUCCGUGCAUAAAGUGUUGCUAUAAAUCCAUGGCUGCACUAUAGUUAUCCACUACUGUUAUUCCAGAAAUAAAAGCUAUCAGUUUUCAUUUAAAAUACAGCUUCAGCACCAGAAGCUAAAUAAAAUUCCUGAUGCCAGUCCAGAGUACAGUUUUUAUUAUUCAGCACUCCUGCCUUUGGAAACAGCAGUAAACCAACAAGCAGUUCAGAACCGCACCACAAUCACAGCGCAGGAGUCAUGUACCAUUUAGCUAAUUGCAGCCCACAGCUAUUUCCUUGGGCAGAGGCAGUCUAUCCUUUACACUUACUGGAAAUUUCUCCUUUCUCACCUUUUAAGGCUUUUCUUCUUUCCCUAAGUGUUCAUUAUGUAAAUUACUUUUUAUUCAGCUUUGACUGUAGGGGACUAAUUUCAUUUUUUUUCAAGCUCACAUGCUAGUCCUCUCCUUCUGUGGUUAAAUGUGAAUGUUCCUAUGUCAAUGCUCUUGUGCAUUCCCUCAUAUUACACCAUCCUGUAGCAGGUAAUCUUUAUUCCACCUUCUCAGUUUGUCCUCUUCUAUCUGGGAAAAGACCUAUUGGAUCCAGUUUUGGAUCCUGCAAGCUGGCUGCCUCUACUAUCGUUGAGUGUUCCCUUUUUUAAGCAGGAUAAAAAGAGGAUAACCUCUGAAUUGGUCCUUUUCCUUCCUUUUCAUCCCAGGCUUUGGGAAAGCUGUCCAAAGAUAGUGAGAUCCUCUGUCAGAAAAUACUGGGGUAAAAGCAAACUUCUUAGUCCAGGAACUGAGGCAUUUCAGCAAAUGGGAGGGUCCCAGUGUAGUUCUACAUCUGAUUGCCAUAACCUCAUCUCCCAUCAGAGAACUACUCCAUUCUCCUUCCUAGAGGAGUCCAACAGGAGUGUGCACAUACUCCAGCUCUCAUGCCUGUCUGAUGAACUGUAUCAGAAGAUGUUUUAAGUCAACAGAGUUUGCAUUAAAAAUAAUUUCUAUUCGUUAUUAGGGAUUACAUUCCUUCCUUUACUUGUAAGGAACUUUGAGACUUAGAAGAGGAAUCUUAAAACAUCCUCAGAGUUGUUUUGUCUGAGGGUCAGAGGUUUUUUUAAUGAGCUAUAGCCCCUGAAAGUUCGAUUUUCCAAACAGUGAGAGCUGACUAUGGUGCAAGAAAGCAAAUGUGUUCAAGUAGCUUGUUGAAGGACUUCAGCCUAUUGUAAUAUGUUACUUUGUUCUUUUACUAUAAAAACAAGUCAAAACCAAUAAAAACUAAUUUUAAAAUGUUUUAAAAAUCAUAAGAAUGUAGUCUGACUUGCUUACAAAAUACAUCCAGAGAAAAGGCAGAUGACUUAGCUUUUCAUUCUAAAAUCCUUUCCUGAGGAAAGCUCUGAAAGCCACUCACCACUCCUCAUGAAACCAGCUAUUUAUCUCCAAACAAUAGGCAAUAAAGACUAACUGUGAUAUCAUCUGAGAAGCAGUUUUUCCCUGAGUGAUGACUGGUGUAUUCUCCCAGGCAUGGUGCACAUGAUUUCCUUAGGGCUGAAAUCUUUUGGCCAGUUAUGUCUUCUGGGACUCCUUAUGCAACUAAGUGUCAGCAUGUUUCUACCCUACAGCAAAAAAUGACUGAGAUGUGAAUGCCACUUAGUUGGUUCUCAUUGCUAUGACUGCAAAAUAGAACUGCAAACAUUCAUUUCCUUUUGCUUCUUGUUCUUGUCGAACUUUUUAAACAUUCAUAGUGUUUCAAGUUGGUCAGGUUCAAUUGCCUUCUGCUGUAUGGUGCCAGGUCUCAGCUUUAGAAAGUGUUUUCCUUUGUGCCAUCUUUGGAGCUUUUUUCUUGCAACUCAUCACUGAGUGUCUAAUUUAAAGUCUUUUGUCUUUGAAUUCUUUCUGUCCUGUGAGAUACAAAUAUGAGUUAGCCAGGAGUCAUCCAGGGAGAACUUUUUAUAAAUCCCUUCCCAACAGCACUUACAAAGCCAGAGAAACAUCUUUUCACAUGGUUACUGCUAUUUAAUAACACAAACUUUAAAUCUGGGUUUACCUGAUGCCUGGAAAAUUAUGUAUCACACCAAGAGUGCUCUCAGAGAUGAGUCCCAUCCUCACUGACCUCAGUUUGUGGCUCUAGUGAGAAAGAUAAAUAAACCUAAAUAUCUGCAAGAAAAGAAGAACGGACCUUGGGAAAAGUAAGAAGCACUUGUCUUGGUUUCCCUCACCUAAUAUAUCUAAAUCACCUCAGGAAUCUCAAUU